AUGGCACCGUCGCGAGAUCUCCGCCAUGGCGUCGACGACUUCUCCGACUGCGCCGCCUUCAGCCUCGCUUCGCCGCGCCUCGGCCUCCUCGCCCUACGCAGCGGCCUGGCGCGCUUCAAGGACCCUCUCUUCGCCGUGGCGAUGCGGCUGCUGCUCAGCCAGCGUCUCGUCGGUACCUUCGGCGUGGUGACGCUCAGCGAGGACACCCUCCGCAGAUACGCCGCCGACCGCCAAGCCAGCGCUGGCCACUUCCCAUGGCUUGCGAGGGUGAGCCCGGCGCUCUGCAUCUCGGCAGUAGAGGGGGCAGCGGACGAGCGUCACGACGAGGUGUGGGCGUUGCGACGCGGCGAGGAGAGCGGCGCGAAGCUUCGGGCGCGUCACUUGCAAACCGGGCAGGUGCAUCACUUCAAGGGCGAGAAAGGUGCGGAGCGGAUGGUGCGCGCGGAGUUUGCCGACGGCAACGUGCUGUACUUCGAGGGCGAGGAAGGCGCGCAGCGAAUGGUGCGCGUGGAGUCUGCCGACGGCGACGUGCAGCACUACCUGGGCGAAAGAGAUGCGGAGCGGACGGUGCGCAUAGAGUUUGCCGACGGCGAAGUGCAGCACUACGAGGGCGAGCAAGGGGCGGAGCGAAUGGUGCGCGUGGAGUCUACCGGCGGCGACGUGUCGUACUACGAGGGCGAGAAAGGUGCGGAGCGGAGGGUGCGCGUGGAGUUUGCCGAUGGCAACGUGCUGCACUACGAGGGCGAGGAAGAGCGGAUGGUGCGCGUGGAGUCUGCCGACGGCGACGUGCUGUACUACGAGGGCGAGAAAGGUGCGGAGCGGAGGGUGCGCGUGGAGUUUGCCGACGGCGACGUGCAGCACUACUAG